GAAUGACUCUUCAUCACGUGGAAGAAGCGCUUGAAGACACCAAGAUCAAGACUUAGAGAUGAGCGUGAAUGGAGGAUAUGGCGGAUCCGGAUUUGGUAGUGAACCACGAGACCUGCCCCAAGGAUGUGGGGUGGGGUGGAACGGGGGACAAGGAGGUCAAGGAGGUUGGAACAGAAACGGAGGAGGCGAUCAAGGAGGAUGGAACGAAAACAAAAGAGGACCGACAUGAUGAAAUAACGGUAAUGGAGGCGGACCAGGAGAACGGACCAAUGAAAACGGCGGGUUGGGAUGGAACAGGGGACAAGGAGGUCAAGGAGGGUGGAACGGAAACGGGGGAGGAGGUGGACCAAGAGGAUGGACCAACGAAAAUGGGGGAAAUUGGAACAACGAAACUGGAACAAUGGAAAUGGAGGAGGAUGGAACAAUGGCGGAAGAUGGCAACAGAGAGGACCAAAAUGUUACAAUUGCGGUCAGCUCGAGUACAUAUGACGCAAAUGCCAAGCAACUUGGAAUAACUACCAAGGACCUUAAGCGAAUAGCCAAGGUCGGCCGACGAACUAUCAAGGGUCUCCAGCAAAUGAAGCAUCAAGCAGCUC